AUGGCUUCAACAACACAUCGACGGCAUCAUCAUCAUCAUCAUGAUCAUCGACGCAGAAAGGAUAGUUCGUCAUCUGAAGAAAUAGAUUCGAUGAAACUCGACUCUAUUCCAUCAAGAGCAAGUGCGCAUCAGUCAGUCGUUAUUUCACUUCCAUCAGCAGAACGAGAGCGUAAAACCGUUGACGAAUCGUCUUUACUCAAAAUUAUCAAGAAAAAACGACGAAAAGAAUGGGCAAAAAUUGUUGCUCCGGUCGAUGGAAAUAGCAUUAAAAAAACGAAAGAAUCUAUCACAGCUAAAUUUACAAAACUAUUUCCAACAAUCCCAUCACCGAUUCAAUUUUUGCUAAACUCCAUUGAAAAUCGUCAUGGUUUUACCAUUCGCUCCUAUUUUCAAUUCAUCGUCUGGUUAUUCUACUUGAAUAUGUUCACAUUUCUUCUUUCGUUCUCAUGUAUCAUAAUGCCUACUUAUAUAUAUCCGAAUUCGAUUGACUACUCUUCAUAUGCAAUGGAUCAGUAUUACCAAACUACGGGUAGUUCGAAAGAUAAUACAUCCGACGGCAUUUGUACACUAUCCGAUCCUCGAUGUGCACUCUUAGAUAAACCCAUUUCUGACAAUUAUUCUGACAUAUCGGGAACGUGUAUUAACAACACAUUCACAGCGAGUAGUUGUUGUUCAUCGCUUACCCAUUCAUAUUUUGUGAAUACGUCGCGCGAUGCUGAAAAUGUUUGGACGGAGUUUCUUGUUGAUCUCAUCGAUGGAACUGGAGUUUUGUCUGUCAAUCGAUUAUUUAUCGGUUACUAUCAGAACUUAACCAAAACAGCAAAGAAUGAUUCUUAUGUGCAAACAUAUAACAUGGGUUUAGCUGUCUUCCUUACCACUUUUGCUUGUCUUUUAAUCACAGGAAUUAUCAUUGUUCGAAAAUUUGGUAAUGGAAUGAGACGAAGUUAUGUUCAAAGUGAAUCCUUUGAAAACAAUCUGUUCCAAUACAUAUUUGCUCGAUGGGAUUACCGAUCUGUGGAUGGAAUUAUUGCACAUCGACACGCAAAUCGUUUUCGUACAGAAAUACGGAAUAUUUUCUUCGAGCGAAGUGAGAAAGUCAAUUUCAAAUUUGAUAAUGCAAAAGAUCAAAUUAUCUUUCAACUAAAACGUGUCUGUGUAUGGCUUAUGACUAUUGUUAUCUUUGGUGGAGCAGUUACGAUUCUAUAUUUCACGAAUCGAUUCACUUUUCAAAGAAGAGCAGAGAAAGAAUCGAAGGGUGGUGAACUUCGAUCAGGUCGUUUCGAAGAUAUGCUUGUAGAAUAUUUACCUUCGAUUGUUGUAUCAGUGAUUAAUUUGACAUCGCAAUUAAUCUUCUAUUUUAUGAAAGAUUUUAAACUCUAUACACAAACAACGGCUGUUCGACAUUACUUAAUCAGAGUCAUUAUCAUGCGAUUACUUUUGUUAUUUACGUUUGUUUUCAUUGUCAUUUUACAAAUAACAUGUAAUAGUCAUCAGUGUGGAAGACAAUCGGAGCUGAUCAGUUGUGUGGAAAUUCAAGGAAAAGCAACUUUUAUACAUUGUUGGGAAACUCUCAUUGGGCAAGUUAUUUACCGUCUGGUUCUCACUGAUACAGCUGUGAUGCUAAUCAUCCAUCUUAUUGUCGAUCCCAUACGACAUCUUAUAAGACGUUGUUGUUUUGCAGAAAGGGUUGUUGAAGAAGAUGGAAUUACAAUGAAAGUUCAUGCACCGCCAUCGACCUGGUUUCUUUUUCAACCAUUGGAAUUCGAAGUUGGAGAUUAUGUUUUGGACUUAACCUACACACAAACAUUAUGCUGGCAUGGAUUACUUUUCUGUCCAUUUCUACCGUUGAUUGCAGCAGUGAAGAAUAUCAUUAUCUUUGCUGUCAAAUCACUAAGCUUAGCCGUAUUUCGAAGAAGAUCUCCGUUGGAAUUAAGUCCUGCUCGAGCACGAUUCAUCUUCACAAGUGUACUACUGUUUUCUUUCGUUUGGGCACUUUUACCCAUCGCAUUUUUUGCGACAUCACUUCGACCAUCACGUGGCUGUGGUCCAUUUCGUUUAUACAGUCAUGAACCUGAUUUUUAUAUUUACUAUUCUGUUCGCAAUCUAUUUACCCAAGUGCAAAAUCGAAUUCUUGUUAAACUUCUAUUCAAAUUGACAAGUGCAGUUGUGAUCGUUCCGUUGGUAUUAAUAUUAAUUUUACUCUCUUGCAUAUUAUUCAUUCGACGUAACAGUUAUCGAGCAGCAUCCGUGGAACUUUAUAAACUACUUUAUUCUUCUCGCAAAACGCAUCAAUUAGCUGUAAAAACUGCACCAAUGGUGUCAGCACAUUUUUAA